CCUCCUGCAAGAUGAGAAGGCCGGGCUAGCUGAUCCCCCACGCUCCUUCCAGCGUGACGUCCUACGGUUUGGGGAGCGGAGCCUGCUCCGCUCCCCCGUGCCCGUCCCCCUCUCCCUCUCGCAGCUGUCCGGCCCCUUUAAGGGGCGGCGCUUGGCACCGGGCCCCCGCGGCCCGGGCAAAAAGCCUGGGAACUGGGCCGCCGGGGGCGGCGGGAGAGUGGGUCCGGACACCCCUUGAGCGCUCUCCAGGCUCGGGCUCCGAAGGCACCAUGAGCGGUCGGGUCGGGGACCUGAGCCCGCGGCAGGAGGAGUCUCUGGCCAAGUUCCGACAGAACAUUCAGGAUGUGCUGCCCCUGUUGCCUACCUCAGAUGACUAUUUCCUUCUGCGCUGGCUCCGAGCUCGAAGCUUCGACCUGCAGAAGUCCGAGGCCAUGCUGAGGAAGCACGUGGAGUUCCGGAAACAGAAGGAUCUUGAAAAUAUUUUGAGUUGGCAGCCCCCAGAGGUGGUCCAGCAGUACCUGUCUGGGGGGAUGUGCGGCUUCGACCUCCAUGGCUGUCCCGUCUGGUACGAUGUCAUUGGGCCGCUGGACGUCAAGGGGCUGCUGCUGUCUGCCUCCAAGCAGGAUCUGCUCAGGACCAAGAUGAGAGACUGUGAGAUGAUCCAGCUGGUGUGUGCCCAGCAGUCAGAAAAGCUGGGGAAGAAGAUCGAAACCCUGACCAUGGUGUACGACUGUGAGGGGCUGGGCCUCAAGCAUCUCUGGAAGCCGGCUGUGGAGCUCUAUGGGGAGUUCCUCUGCAUGUUUGAGGAGAAUUACCCAGAGACCCUUGGACGCCUCUUUGUUGUGAAAGCUCCCAAGAUAUUCCCGGUGGCCUACAACCUCAUCAAACCCUUCCUGAGUGAGGACACGAGGAAGAAGAUCAUGGUUCUGGGAGCCAAUUGGAAGGAGAUUUUACUGAAGCAUAUCAGCCCAGACCAGCUGCCCAUGGAUUAUGGGGGCACCAUGACAGAUCCCAACGGAGACCCCAAGUGCACAUCCAAGAUCAACUACGGGGGUGAAAUCCCCAAGAAGUAUUACAUCCGGGACCAGGUAAAGCAGCAGUAUGAGCACACGGUCCAGAUCAGCAGGGGCUCCUCCCAUCAGGUGGAGUACGAGAUCCUCUUCCCGGGUUGUGUCCUCAGGUGGCAGUUCAUGUCAGAUGGGGCAGACGUGGGCUUUGGGGUGUUCCUGAAGACAAAGGCUGGUGAGCGGCAGAGAGCGGGUGAGAUGACCGAGGUCCUUCCCAGCCAGAGGUACAACGCCCACCUGGUCCCUGAGGAUGGGACGCUCACCUGCAGCGAGCCUGGGAUCUAUGUCCUGAGGUUUGACAAUACCUACAGCUUCAUCCAUGCCAAGAAGGUCAGCUUCACUGUGGAGGUGCUGCUUCCGGACAAGGCCUCAGAGGAGAGGCUGCAGCAGCUAGGAGAGAAGGGAAUGGCUCCUUCUCGGCAGUGAAGGCCACAGACGCCCAGCCUCAGCCCCUGUCCAGACCCCACCCCCUGCAUCUCUGUAUUAGGGAACCUGGGCAGAGGUCAAGACAGUGCCCGUCCCUGCCUCACCUCUGGGGCGCACUCAGCCCAGCCUGAAGACGGGGUGAGAGGGGAGAGCUUGGGGGGUGGACAGAGGCUGGGUGGCCCAGGAGAAGUCCCUUCCCCCAUCCUCUCCUCUCUCACGGAACUCGGGGUUCCGUGGGUGCUGGGCACUGAUGGGAUCCGUCCAUCCUUUGACUCGUGCCAACCUCAGUUUCUGUCCCCCAGGCUGGGGGAAAGGGAGCCAGAUAUGGGUGAGGGAAGAAGGGUUAGGGGAUGGUUGGCAUUUGACAUCCGGAUUCUGGGCGUGGGCCCUGAGAAGCCCAUUCCUAGAGGUAGCUGAUAUCAGGGGGCCGGGCCGGGCAUGGGGGUGCUUUGUCCCCACAUUAGGUCAGAAAGGGAGGGAUCCUCCUGGACAGAAGGUCAGGCACAGGUCUCUGCAGACUGUUCCCUGCUUUAAGAGAUUCAGGGCUUCCUGUGGCCAGACUGGCUUAAUCACUAAUGAAUACUGAUAAUUAGUACUGAGAGCUACCUAUACCCAAGGCCUAGCCCCUGCCCAGCACUGCUGGCCUCUGUUCUGUGGGCAGUACAGAGGGAGACACUGUCCCCUGCCCUCAGGGGGCCUAUAGUCUUGUAGCUCCCAGUAAGAUCAACUCACCACCUCUAACCCAGCCCCCAAACUGGCACAAAGGGAAGAGAAGAGCAGAGCAUGCGGGCUGUAGAACGCGUCUCUGGCAGCCCUUUCACUUUAAGGAGCGGGGAGCGGAGACCUGGAAAGGUGAAGGAAGUUACCAAGGUCCGCCCCUGCUGAGUUAACGACAGGGUCCAGACCAGAACCGGCCUCCAGCGGCCUCAGCCUUCCUUCCGCCCUCCCGUUCCUUCUUAACUAAAGGGGGGGACACAGGGCUGGUAGGUGCCUGGCUGGGGCUGGGGCAAGCCCUUGCAUACGGAGCCACUGGCGGGAUGCUUAAGCUCCCUGGGGAGGGAGGCGAGGCCACUCCCCCAAUUCAAAGAAAUCCAUUUUCCUUCAGGUAUCGGAUUCAAGGCACCAGAGGUGUGUCACCCAGCACUACCAAGGGAGUCAGGGGGCUGCGGAGUAGGGACCAGGGCCUCCCGUGUGUCUUCCAUGAGAGAGGGGAUCCAGGGCUGCCUGCCCGUGUUCCCCUUCAAACCCUCUGAGGGCCCGGCCCUGCUGGGCAGCACCAGGAGUAGUGAGUAGGAAGGAGGCAGAAAACCCCCAACUUUUCUAACCAUGUGAGCUAUUCAGAAGUGCAACGGGUAGCCUGGAUAGGUAGUGAGCUCCCCGUCCCUGGAAAUGCUCAAAGGGAGGCUCAGUGGCUAUUUGUUAGGGAUUCCUUAGGGAGGAUACUUAGACCCCUUGGAACCUUCCCAGCUCUGGAGAGUCUGUGAUUCUUUGAGGAAUGGGGUGGCUUGUGACAGGUAAUGAGCUCCCUGUCACUGGAACUAUUCAAGUGGAGGCAGGAUACCCACUUGGUCAGGGAUGCUGUAGAGGAGAUUCUUGCUGAGGUAUUGGGUGAGCUAGAUACUCUCAGAGCUGGCUGCCCUCAGAGUUGGGGGGCUCUGGGUUGGAGGGUGUCUCGGUUUACAGAUGCUCUGUUAGGAAAAUUAACCAACAAAUAAAGAAAUCUAUGUGAUUCUGGCUCUCCA